AUGUUCAAGUCGUCCAUUUCCAAGCAAUUUUUCUCGGACGAUCCAUCGUUUGCUGCAGACGCAAACUCCACCAUCGAGCAGUUUUCCACGCCACUCAAGAAACUCCCCAAUUCCAGCAUAAAUGACUUCAGAAACGAUAUACUACAUCCACCCACAGAAUUCUCCUCCAAUAUAGCAACAGAUAGCCCAUUAUCGAGUUUAUCUGCGAGAUCUGCGGAAUCUGCACUGUCGGCAGCAGAAAACCAGAGAUCACAGCUCUACAAGCUUAUUUCAGAAAGCUCCACCAUGGGAAGCAAGCCAUCGUCCAUUUCAUCUAGCAUACUUCGGUCGGACUUUCCAGUGCAUUUAAAUGAAAAAUAUAAUUCAAGUACUUCAAGCAGCCUAUUUGCCACGAGUAAAGACAUGGAAUCUAAGGCAAAUGGAGCCGUUUUCUACAAACCUCUGUCUAUUGAGGGCCCUCUUCUUUCCAAGGAUUUCAUUCCUCCACCGUUGCAACAGAGUGGUAGAAAUCCCAUCGUUUCGUCGCUAAUCUACCAAACGGUAAAUCCAAAUGCUGACUUUGAAGAUUUGGAGGACGAUAACGACGACAUCCAAACUUCGCCAACUGGUGAAUGGACCAGUCCUGUGGUUAUUGAAGCAUUGAGAAGACAAGUCAACAAAGAGAGGAUUUUCAAGAGGGUACGUGCAAACGUCUUGAGGUUUUUAGGAUUCCACUUGGUCCUUCUCUUCGUUGCAUACUUUUUCAAACUUUAUCAGAUCAAGUUCUACGACGAAAACAAACUUUAUCGUAACGACUCAUGGUCUCAGUUUGAAAGACUGCAAUUUGUCCAGACCAUUACUGGAGCAUUCCAUAAAACUGCUGUCUACGUGCAUCACGUACAAUGGCUUUUUGUUUUACAGAUCAUCUGGGGGACUAUCGAACUCUUAAGACCGCAGGACCAGUGUGCUGACUUACCGUUGACAAACAAACAAAGGAAGUUGAUUGGAUUGAAGCAGAUCAAUUUUGGAGAGGACCAAGAUGAGUUGAAGGCUGAUUUAGUCAUCAAAGAAAGAUUGUUCGAGAGUAAUACCCACAACCCAAUCAGGGUGCCCAAGUACCGCCAGCUCAACGAGUUCCAGAAACAACUCCACCGAGACACGAGACCAUUACAGGAAUCAGAAGAGGAUGCGGCAAUUGCAUUGAGCAACGUGCUUCCAACACGAAGAAUUUUUCACUCUGGUCGUCCAAUUGAUCUUUAG